AUAGAUUGGUAUCCACUCAUUUAAACCUAUCCUUAAUCUCAAUCUGAUUAUAAUUUUUCAUCUUUUCAUUCCCAACUCUAAAAAAAAGCAAAUCUCCUAACUUUAGAUAUUUUCAAAGUCUGUUUUAUUUGUUUCCUGUUUUUGUGUUCUCUUUUGCUUGAUGGUAGGAUCUGUAAUUUAACAAGGGAGGACUGUUACAUUCCACAACAUCUGAUCUCUGUGAAAAAAAGUAUCAAGCUUUGUGCUUGAUGCUUCUCUCUCUCUUACCAUCUGGGGAUAUAAGUGUUACUUCCAAGACUUGAGUGUUUGAUAUUAUUAGUCUUAGAAGAUGGAGCAGUGCCAAGAGAGGAAGUUUGUGUGUAGGUUCUGCAGCAAGAGGUUCCCUUGUGGGAAAUCACUUGGAGGUCACAUCAGAACUCACAUGAACCACGAGAACUCAGCUGAUUCAGAUGAAGAUGAACUCAAUAACCUCAGAGUCGACGAAAAUGGAGGCAACUCUAGCUACGGUCUGAGAGAGAAUCCUAAAAAGAACAAGAGGUUUGUGGUUCAAAGAAGCAUGAUGGCUCUGAAACACCAGCAACAUCAACAUCAACAGCAACUUCUUUAUUGCAGAGAAUGUGGUAAAGGCUUCCCUUCUUCUAAAGCUCUUUGUGGUCACAUGGCUUGUCACUCCGAGAGAGAGAAGAUAGUGAUGGAUAGUCAAUCUGAGACUGAAGCUUCCUCAUCACCUAUCAGAAGAAGAUCCAAGAGAGUUGUUGGUGGUAACAUCAUGAAUCAGUACGGUUCAGCAUCUUCUGAUGACACUGGGAUUGAGCCUGAACAAGAGGAAAUGGCAUUGUCUCUGAUGAUGAUGUCUAGAGAUUCAAGUUUCAAGAAAGGACAUAACAUGGUUGUGAACUCUCUUGCUGAGUCUUCAGACAACUACUCUGUGAUUCUUGAGACCAAGUCAUCUUCAGGAGAACAGCUGAAGAAAGUGGAUGAGUGCUGUAAGAAAGACAACCUUGGAAGAGUGGAAAAUGGUGAUGUUAUGUAUGAAUCAGAUAACUCUGAUUCUGGCUACUUCAGGAAUGGACCAAAGAAGUUGGACUCGGACGUUUUUGUUGAUGAUGGAUUCAGUAACAAGGCUGCAAUGGGAUUCAACAGCUCACAGGAUAAGAGCUUGAACAGAUUCAAGAAAGAAUGGUCAGGAACCGGAUCAGGUCGUUCUGCUACAAAGUAUGAUCUGAGGAAAAGCAAAAGAGGGUUUCCUUGUUACGGUCGGAAGAGAACCAAGUAUGAGUUAGCUGAAUCAGUGUAUGACAGUGGUGAUCAGCUAAGCUUGGAGACUGAAUCUUGUGCAGACACAAUCAAGAUUCAUAGUAAUAAAUCCAUAAUGGUCAAGAAAGCAAGUGGUGGUGGUGGUGCAAAGAAGAAGAGCAAAGGUCAUGAGUGUCCUAUUUGCUUCAGGGUGUUUAAAUCAGGACAAGCUUUAGGUGGUCACAAGAGAUCACAUUUCCUUGGGAAUCAUGAGCACAGGACUUUGGUGAUUCAACAACAACACCAAGUGGCUCAUGAGAUGCAUACACUCAUCGAUCUCAAUCUUCCUGCUCCUAUAGAUUAAUGCCAUCAGCAGUAACUGAAAAAUCAAGAUUUUGUUCUCAUUCUUGUUUUUAUUUGUUCUUUGCUUCAGAUUCAAGCAUACUUUUUUACUUUUAUUUGUUCAUAAUUA